CAGAUUGGUGAACAUAUUUUUCUGUAACUUAACAUAUAUUGAUUCGGCUUUAAAAAAUAUCUUGAUUCGACUUGACAUAUAUACUAGGGGUUCCUUGUAAAACUAUGACCAGUGAAGAUAUAUUAUCCUUUUAAAACUCUGAACUUUUAACAUAUAUUAGAUUUUGACCUGCGGUUGAAAGUGCAUAUUUUUUUUUGUUAUAAUAAAUUUUGAUAUAAAUUAGUAUUUUGUGAUUAUUUUACAUUAUUAUGUUACAAAGUUAAAUUAUGUAAAAGAAAUAAUUUUUAAAAAAAUAUAUAAUUCAUGAAUUACUUUAUUUGGAAUUCUGUAUAAAUCUUAUGUAAUUUUUUCUUACGAAUGGGUAUUUUAUAUAGACCCUGAAAAACCAAACCAAAAUUAACUCGAAAAUACUGGUUCAUAUCGGAUCCAGAGAAAAAUACGUAUUUUUUUGGAAAUACGGGUUUCUGUUCGUGUCUGAGACCUAUCCGAAAUCCGAUUGGGAGCCAAUGUACCCAAAACGUCUCCGAUGUCGAUUUUAUGCAGUUUUAUUAAUCAAAUAAUUCAAAGAAGUUUUGAAUUUUGGUUAUAAGGCGUGGCCCACAUUAAAAUAAGUUUUGAUGUGACAUUUUUCCUUUUGUCAACACAAGUUUUACAAAAAAAAAUUGUAUUUUAGACAAUAAAAUAGUACUUUUACACAUUAGGUCUUUUCUGACGGACAGCGCCGGUGCAGAACUAUGAACUUAAGGGUCAAAGAGAUGAACAGAGGAGCAAGGAAUCUGAAACAACCAGCUUCCGAGCAGGAUUUCACGCAAUGUCAGAGUAUUUCCCAGAUAAGGGAUGCAAAAGCAGACAACAACUCAUCAACAUUGUUUAAACGGAAGAAAAGAAGAGCUAAUCGCGCGUAUAACCUGUUGGUCAUGGGCUGUUAUUUGGGUCUACCUCUCAGAACAAAAAGAAGAAGAAGAAGAAGAUAUAUGUCCGAGAUUCCUCUCGAUCUCUUGGUCGAAAUUCUCAUCAGACUGCCGGGAAAGUACUUGGCAAGGUCCAAGUGCGUCUCAAAGCAGUGGUCAUCCCUCGUCUCUUCUCGGUAUUUUUGCGAACGUUUACUUACGAUCACACAACGGAAACAACAACCACAUCUAUACAUGUGUUUGGUGGAUAGAGACGGGCAACGUGAACUUCUGUCCAUGUCAUCAACGUCUCCAGACAACACUUGUUUCGUGGUCGACCAAGAUUUGAGCAUCCCAGGGAUGGGAGGCUACUUCUUGAACGGCCUCCACGGCUUGAUGUGUUUCUCAAUGGGGGAAAAAGUUUGUAUAUACAACCCCAGCACCGGACAGCGUUUGACCUUACCCAAGAUAAAGCCCGACAUCAUAGCCGAACCAGGUCAAAUUAGGUGUGUUCAGCAGAACCAUAUCGGAUACGACCCUGUUGAUAAUCAGCACAAACUAUUAUCCACAAUUGUUAUACAUUCGGACAAUUUGGUUAAUCUGCAGACAGAGCACUGGGUGUUCGUGCUAGAACCAGGAGCUUCUUGGAAAAAAGUUGUUCCCCCUGAGAAUUAUCGUCAUCAUGUUCCUUUCAUACCAGGCAUAUCUAUCAGUGGAUCAGUAGUAUAUUAUUUGGCUUGGCUUGAUAUGGACACUCAUGCAAUUGUGAGUUUUGACGUUAGGUCUGAAGAGUUUACUACCAUCAUAGCACCUUUGGUGGAUGUUAGAUAUCUUAUUCCUGCAUUUGAGAUGAGGGCAGAACUUAUAGAAUAUGGUGGAAAAAUAACUAUUUUCGAAUAUAGCUACUUAAAAACUGAGGGUACGACGGUAUUAUGGGUAUUGGAAGAUGCUGAGAAAAAGGAAUGGUCAACGAGGAACCUUGUUUUGCAGCCUUGUCAGAUGCAUUUAGUCCAAGAUAUUGAAUUGAUUGUAAAGGGCACAACUCAAGACAACAAAGUUAUCUUAGCACCUAUGGAUGUGCAUUCAUCUGGAUUCUACAUUUUGCGUUAUGAUUUGCAAAGCAAUGACUUGAGUAAGGUUGAAAUCAAAGGAAUACCACACCUAUGGUUUGACAAAGAGUGCUACUUUGACUUGAGGUUGGUGAAUGAGAGUAGUGUCAUCUACUUGGAAACUUGACCACUAGCUUUUUAAUAUGAAUUAGAUUUUGACCCGCGGGUUCUUUUGUUAUAACAAAUUUUGAUAUGAAUUAGUAUUGUGUGAUUGUUUUACAUUAUUAUGUUAUAAAGUCGAAUUAUAUAAAAUAAAUAAUUUUUAAAAAUAUUAUAUAAUUCAUGAAUUACUUUAUUUGGAAUUUUGUAUAAAUCUUAUGUAAUUCUCUUUUGCGCAUGGGUAUUUUACAUGGACCCCGAAAAACCAAACCAAAAUCAACUCAAAAAUUCUGGUUCGGUUCGCAUCGGAUCCAGAGAAAAAUA